AUGGCGAAGCGUGGAUAUAAGCUGCAGGAAUUUGUGGCGCAUUCUACCAAUGUAAAUUGCCUAAGCAUAGGGAGAAAGGCGGGUAGGCUGUUCGUAACGGGCGGCGAUGAUCAUAAAGUGAACCUAUGGUCUAUUGGGAAGCCUACUUCUUUGAUGAGUUUAUGUGGCCAUACAAGUCCAGUUGAAUCCGUAGCUUUUGAUGCUUCUGAAGUUUUGGUGCUUGCUGGGGCUUCUAAUGGUGCAAUAAAGUUGUGGGAUUUAGAAGAAGCAAAAAUGGUUCGCACUGUUUCUGGACACAGAUCUAGCUGCAAUACUGUUGAGUUUCAUCCAUUUGGUGAAUUCUUUGCAUCUGGUUCUGCGGACACGAAUCUGAGGAUAUGGGAUAUCAGAAAGAAAGGAUGCAUUCACACGUACAAGGGUCAUAGUCGAACCAUUAGUACCAUCAAAUUCACUCCUGAUGGCCGCUGGGUCAUGUCUGGUGGAUUUGAUAAUGUUGUAAAGGUGUGGGAUCUUACUGCAGGAAAGCUUUUGCAUGACUUUAAAUUCCAUGAAGGACCUAUCAGAUCCUUAGACUUCCAUCCCCUUGAGUUUCUCUUAGCAACAGGUUCUGCUGACCGAACUGUGAAAUUCUGGGAUCUGGAAACGUUCGAAUUAAUUGGAUCCGCAAGACCCGAGGAAAGUGGAGUACUUUCUAUGGCAUUUCAUCCUGAUGGAAGGACACUUUUUUGUGGAUUAGACGAUAGUCUCAAGAUAUAUUCUUGGGAGCCUGUGAUUUGUCAUGAUUCAGUGGACAUGGGAUGGUCUACACUUGGUGACCUCUGCAUUCAAGAUGGGAAGCUUUUGGGUUGCUCAUACUAUCGUAAUUCUGUUGGAGUUUGGGUGGCAGAUAUUUCGCUUAUUGAGCCAUAUGGGACUGGUGAUGUACAUGAAGAAAAUGAAUGCACAGAGCAGAUGUUCACUUUCUCAAAAAAUCACUCUGGAGACAUAAGUAGUGAUAUAAAUUCAGUUGUGAGUUUGCGCUCUGCGUCUCCGGAAAUGGACACUAAAGAAAUAAAGAACAUAUAUAUAGAUUCUGGUGGUGGAAGUCCUGUUGUUUUGCCAAGGGCUGAUUCACUGAACUCUGCCAAUGUUGUCUUCUCAUUGGACUCAUUUCAAGCAUGUAAUCCACAGAUGGAGAAGCAAAGUCAUUCGGUGGAACUGAAUACCAAAUCUGGUGGUCAGACACUUGAUAAAUCUUUUAUUGUGCCACCAGUAGCACCUCAGGAACCUGCCAUAGAAAGGGGCUCUGUUGAUAUUAAAAAGGAAAAGAUCACCUUUUCAAAGACUAAACCAGGAAUGCUACUUAGACCUGUGAGAAGAGCUUCCAAAAGUGAUAUCGAGGAACUCUCAGUGAAUCUUGAACCUAUAAAUGUUGCCAAGGUAGCUAGCGAGAAAGAGCUUAUAGUAGAUGUGCCCAUGCAGACUAAGAUUGUGCGCGAAGAGGGAACUCUGAGGUCCAGUGAGGAAAAAGGCUCUUUUGUAACCGAAACAUUGCUGUCUCCAGAGAAACCCUGUAUUCAUGAAAAUUGUGAUGAUCCUGUUAAAACUAAAAGGAUCGAGCCGGUUAACAAUGCGAACAGAGGUGAUGAAGCUGAGAAAUUUAAAAGAGUAAACUCAGUUAAGAUUGUCAAUGGAGUUGCAGUAGUGGAAGGCAGAACUCGUUCUCUUGUUGAGAGGUUCGAAAGACGAGAAAAACCAAGCACGGAAGAUCAACCACUCAAUGGAGAUCUUCAUGUGCCAGAAACAAUUAAGACUGCCAUAGUAACUCCUGAUAUCAGCCCUCAUGUAACUGCUGAAACAGAUAAAACACCUGUGACUCCUUUUUCUGAACCCAGACCAGCUUCUAGAGGUAAACCUGAGAGUGGUGGAAGUCCAAUUCCACCAUCAAAUACAACCUCGCCUGCUGUAUCUGAAGCAGAUAAAGCUCCCAUUCGAGUACGGAGGUCUUCUUCUCACGGAUUACCUGGAACCCAUAGAAAUCUGACUCCUCCAUCUGCUACACCCUCUCGUGCUAUAACUGAAGUGGACCGCCCUCACCGCAGGGCAUCCAGCGUAGGAACCAUUCGGACUCGCCUGACCUCAUCUGCCCCAACAUCGAUAAAUCCUGUCCCUGAAUCAGAAAGCACCCUUCCAGUGACAUCAUCAUAUAGAACCCUCCGUCAUACCACUGAAACAGAUGUAUCGCCCUUCGCCACAAUUCAUAAGAUACCACGUGAUCUACCUGCAACCGGUAGUAGGACGACAAGUGCAGUGAAGGAAGAGCAGAGGAUUUCUUUGAGGGACUCAAUCUCUGCUGAUUUUGUACCUGCUGUAGCAUCUGAUACAACCCCUAAUAGUACACCGGAAAUUGAAAAAUUGCCCUUAUCCACAGUUAGUAGGCCCCGUCGCCGAGUACCUGGGAUGGAUAUAACGCCGCGAACCAUGAAGGAAGAGCCAAAGAUUUCUAUGAAGGACGCUAUCUCUGCUGGUUAUAGACCAGCAAUGGCAUCUGACCCACCACCUAACAAUACUCCUGAAGUUGAAAAAUCAGCACUCACGUCAGUUAAUAGACCCCGUCGCCGCAUGCCUGCAAUGGAUCGAACACCUAUCAUGAAGGGAGAGCCACAGUUUAUGGAAAGGGAGUCUGUCUCAGCUGAUUAUGGACCUUCAGCAGUAUCUAAUACUAGCCGUAGUAAUACACCUGAAAUUGAAAAAUCUGCCUUCACUACAGUUAAACAGGCUCCUCAGGUGCUUGUGAUGGAUAAAUCACCUCCCACUGCAGAAGAGCCUCAGAUCUCUGGAAGGGACUCUGCUUGUGGGGACGUGAUUGAAGAUCUGAUGCAAAAUCAUGAUGCCUUUUUAAGCACUCUUAAAUCUCGAUUGACUAAAUUGCAAGUCAUUCGACAUUUUUGGGAGCGGAAUGAUUUCAAAGGUGCAAUCAAUGCCAUGAGAAGACUAGCUGAUCACUCAGUCGGUAUUGAUGUACAAGCAGAUGUGGUCAGUGUUCUAGUAGACAAAAUAGAAAUCAUCACCUUGGAUUUAUUUUCGUCCUUGCUUCCUGUGCUGGUGGGCUUGCUCAAUAGCCAGAUGGAAAGGCAUGCAAAUAUAUCACUGGAGAUGCUGCUUAAGCUCGUAGCAGUCUUUGGACCUACAAUUCGUUCUACCGUUUCAGCUCCUCGUCCAGUUGGUGUUAAUCUUCACGCAGAGGAGAGGAUAGAGUGCUGUAAUCAAUGCUUCGUUGAACUACAGAAGAUUCAACAAAUCCUUCCUUCACUCAUUAGGAAGGGUGGUGUCCUGGCUAAGUCUGCCCGGGAGUUGAAUCUAGUACUUCAACGACCUUGA